CACGCCAAACCACUGAGCAACCUCCGUGGAGGAGGAGAACCCAACGAGGCGGCGCAGGGAGAUGGUGCAGAGGCAGCGGGGGCACCCAGCAGAGCCCUGUCCCACAGCAAGAUUCCAGCCCGACGUGGAGCUGAGAUGCACAAUUCCAUCCCAAGCCUGGGCAGGGUGAUGGUGUUCCUCGCAGCAGCCCUGGCAUCAGCCUCCUUUGCUAUUCCUGAAGACUGGGGAGAGGAAGGCGUGCAGUAUGGACAGCUGGGGACAGAUGUGACCCUGUCAUGCCCUGGUGUCCAUGCCAGCUCAGCAGUGCGAUGGAGGCGAGCGGGCGCCACGGCGCUGCCAGAGGGCUCAGCCAUCCAGCAGGGAUCCCUGGUGCUGCCGAGCGCCAGCCAGGCCCUCGGGGGAACCUACAGCUGCCACGGAAAGGAUGGCAGCCUGCUGCACACCGUGUCCCUGCGUCUGGGGCACCUGCCUGGAGUUCCCUUUGUGUCCUGCAGAGCAUCUGACUAUGAGAAUUUCUCUUGCUCCUGGACCUCCAGUGUGGAGACCUUCCUUCCCACCAGAUACAUCACCACAUACAGGAAGAAAUCCCUGACAGGCGAAGAAAAGCGGAGGAACAAGAACGGGCACGUGGGGCUGUGCCUGCAGGAUCCGUCCCGCCCCAGCACCUGCACCGUCCACAGGUCAGAGUUCUGGAGCUCCUACCGCCUGAACAUCACCGAGGUGAACCCCCUGGGCUUCAGCUACCGCCUUCUUGACAUCACCAUGCAGGCCAUCAUUAAGCCAGACCCUCCAGAGGGCUUGGUGGUGGAGCCCAUCCCCCUGGCCCCACGGCGACUCCACGUGAGCUGGAAGUACCCUUCCUCCUGGCCAAAGGAACCCCACUUCCAGCUAAGGUUUCGGCUCCAGUACCGACCCGUCAUCCACCGUUCCUGGUCCGUGAUAGAGACGGUGAAUCUGUCUGAGGUUAUCACGGAUGCCUUUGCCGGGCUGGAGCACGUGGUCCAAGUCAGUGCCAAGGAUUUCCUGGAUGCGGGGAAUUGGAGCGAGUGGAGUGCUGAGGCCCGGGCAACACCAGUCAGAGACCUGGUCUCCACAGCAAGUGAAGAAACCACUACAGAUGCCAGACUGGAGAGCCUGGCUGAGGAGCCCUCCCAGGCUCCCAACCCUGAGCCCAUCAAUGGCAGUGAUCCCUUGGAGAAGAUGGCCGUCCUGGUGUCCCUUGGGAUCUUUGCCUUCUUCAUCCUGGCUGCUGUUCUUGUCAUCACCAUCCUCAUCUGGCUCCGGGUGAGGAAACAUGGCAAGGACAAGACCAAACCCAGCUUUUUGGUUGCUGCCACCCACUUGAAGGCACUACCAAAAGCUCAGAUCCUGUAGUGAGCCCUGGCAGAUCCCUGCUCCCUGCACCCGCUUGCCCACGCGUGGGACUUGAUGCCACUGCUGGCCCCCAAGGACCCCACGCCUCCUGGGUCACCCCACAGCUGUGGACAUUGCCGGAGCCCCCGACACCCUGGGGUUGCAGGAUGGAUCCUAAGGAGAGAGGCUCUGCUCUCAGGAGCGUUGGACUGCCUGAGCCCACCAGGAGCCAGCUGGAGUCACUUCAGGCUCAGGGUGACAGGCCAGCUCCACCUCUGAGCGCUGCUAUACCAAUGGGGAUAAGACACUGAGCCAGCCCCACUGCACUGCCUAGUGUUGAGGGGGACCAUGGGUGUAGGCUCCGGGGGUGCCAGGCAUCAGUGCCAGACCAAGGGGUGCUGAUCCCUGCCUGUCACUCCCCACCAGCUGCCAGCAGGCAGAAGAGAACACCCCCUUCCCCUUCCCUCUGCCCCAAUCCCCUGUGCUGUGGCUGGACAGAGCAGAGAUGCCAAUAAAGGGGAUAUGCCAAUGCUAUCAUUGGCACUGUCCAGGCAAAACCCCUUUGCAAAUGGCGCUGGGCCAAGGGAGGGGUGAGUGCCAGCUUGGGGAUGGUCCUGGCAGGAGGUGAGCAGGCAGCAGGGCUGCCUCCCAAACUGUUCAGCCCUCUCCCCAGGUACAUGCAGGGGCUGAGAGACACCCAUGCCAAGGCUAAGUGCCAGAAGAGGAUACAGGCAGGCAGCCGUGUGGGACAUCUCCCCUGCCCUCACCAGCAUGACAGCUGAGACAGGACCCUCUGCACAGCCCCCCUUGCUCUGCAUGUGGCCCCCUUGCUGCACCUCGACUCGGCCCCUCUAAUGGCUUCCAUGUGUUGGCACCUCCAGACCCCGGUGCUCCGUGCCAGCAGCCCAACGAGAUCCAGAUGGAGCUGGGGGGAAAUUCAGACAGCAGCAGCAUGUGGAGCAUGGGGAGCAGAGCCAGUGCAGGGUGGGGACCCACCUGGGUCCUGGGGCUGCCCGUGAACCCACAGUGCAGAGGGAACCUGGACUGGGGCAGCCACAAAAGGUCUUUGUGUGGACUGGGUUGGAGGGAGCUGGGGCAGGCUGUGCCUUUUGCAAUGUGUUGUGUGCCCACAGGCUCCCUGGUGCUCUCACUGGGUGCCCUGGUUGUGGGGUCAUGAGGGCUCUCCAUGCUUGGCUCUGUGGGGUUGCAGCCCCUCACUGUUCCUCAUGAGCACAGACACGCUGAGAGAGAGAUGGGGGUCAGACCUCUAUCUGCAGUGUGCUGCUGGCAUGGCACUAUCUCUGGACCAGAGCAGAGCUCUCCACAGGGCAGGUAAGGCAGAUCACCAGUCUAGGGAGCUGUAAGGAGCCAGAUCUUGCCUGGACUUCUGGGGAGGCUCAGCAGCCACAUCACCUCUCCCAGGUGUACCCCAUGGCUUGACAGCUCCAGCUAUAUCACACUGCCAUGACCUGCUGUGCUCUGGUCCCUGGCACCCAACACAACCAACACCCAUUCUCAUGUGUCACACAGUCCCCCUUGUCAUGUCAUGGUCACCCUUGUCUCUUCUCAGUCCCCAUCAUGGUGUGGGUAGCCUUCACCAUUGGAAACCUCUUAUCACCACCAGAUCCCAAUCCCCUGACACUAUGGAAGGGAUCAAGGCAGUGAUUGUCCAGAGGUGCUGUAGAACACAGGUGAUGUGCAUCCCAUAGUUGUGGCUCCAGUGUUGGCAAACAACUUAGUAAUUUCCCAGCAUCUGGUGCUGGUUUGGAGACUGAUGCCUGCUUGAGAUGUAGCAGCACAGCAGCCAGAAAAUGGGAGACAGCAGCUCUGGCCCCUGUAAUCUGCCUGUUUUUAAACUCCAAAAGGUCCAUGCAUGCUCCAAAUAGAAGUUUGUUUCUGCAGUCUGGAUAACCCAUAGAUCUGUUGUCCCUGUGUGCCAAGCCCUGUGUCCCCUUCCUUAGCUGGGGCUUGCCUGGCCAGGCAGUAGGGACACCAGUACUGGUGACUGGGGCAGCUUCAGGGCACAAGAGGCACACCUGGUCCUCAUCACUGCAUCCUGCUGCCCAUGGCCCUGGAGGGUGUUCCCUUUCCUCUCUGAUGUAAGGAGUCAUGACCUGCCAUCCAUUUGGCAGCUGAGAUACCAAGAGCAGGCUGGGGGUCUGCAUGCCACCACAAAGUCCUGCCUGCCUGCACUGCAGCUUCCUGCUGGGAUGCCCCAUGGCUCAGCUCCCUGCCCCAGCAGCCUGUAAAUGUGACACACAAGCCUUGGGGACCCAAAGGAAGCAGCAAAUUCUGUGCUUUGGGGAAUAAAGGUGCCUGAUGCUGGGUGCUGCCCUCCCCGUUGCCAAAGGGGAGGAUGUGCUGUUGCUGAACGUGGGCAAACAGGGCUUUCCAGUGGACUGAGAAGAUGCAAGGGGAGGGCUGGGGUGAGCAGCAAUCUGGAAUAAAGGAGAGGGAUCCAGAUGCCAAAAUCAA